AUUCAGAGAAAUAAAAACAAUUGGAAUUGAUUAAAGCAGCAUUGUUUGUGUUCCGAUGGAAUCUGAAAGGCAUUUAUCGAAAAAAUUUCCUCGUCCUAUUGAACGGAGGAUGAGCCGUUCGUUAACGAAUCUUCCGCAAGUGAUGGUGACAGACACCGAUCAACCUGCCCACCUGUCAACACCAUAUCUUGAAAAUCUCAGGGAAACUAGGUCGCACCCUUGCUCACCUGUGUUAAUUAGACGAGCCUUCACGACACGGAUAGAUGGCACACAGUAUAUUAUAGUGGCCAAUCCGCCUGACAGAGCAAAAGAUGACAGUACAGUUGGAUCUAAAAAUGGCCAGUUAUCACGCGCUGGUUCACUAACAGUAUUACGAAGAACAAGCUCAAAGACCAAAGUAGGCUCCACUAGUAGUAGUCGAACCUCAAUAAGUACAGAAAACGAUUCCUAUGCGAGUGUCGACCUAGGUGUUGAUAAACUCCCUCCUACAGAUACCCCCGAUGCUUCCCAUGUUUGCUCAAUUAGGUUACGAAAUUUAAUACGAAGGCUUCAGAAAGAAGAUAUUUCAAAAGAAGAUUUGCAAAGGAAUUUAGAAUAUGCAGCAUCUGUGUUAGAAACAGUGUAUAUAGAUGAAACUAGUACAAAUAAAGAUAGGAAUGAAACACAAAAGCGUCUCUGUGAUGAAGAUGACGAGCUCAGUGAGGUCGAGCCGGAUGCUGUUCCGAGUGAAGUUCGGGAUUGGUUAGCCUUGACCUUCACACGCUCCAUGAGCAAUAUCAAAAGACGAGGGGAAGAAAAACCAAAGUUCAAAAGUGUUGCUCACGCCAUCCGGGCCGGUAUUAUGGUUGACAGAAUUUACAGAAGACUUUCAAGUUCAACUGGAUUACACGUUCCACCCCAUGUUCUACUGUUAUUAAAGCACUUAGAUGAAUGGGGAUUUGAUGUUUUUGCUGUGAACGAUGCCGCUGAUAAUCAUUCUUUGAAAUUUGUUGGUUAUGAACUCUUACAAAAAUAUGAUAUAAUUGCAAAAUACAAAAUCAACAGCACUGUUCUGGACACUUUCCUGUUAAAUCUUGAAAUAGGAUAUAGCAAAUAUAAAAACCCUUACCACAACCUUUUACACGGUGCAGAUGUUGCCCAGAGCGUACAUGUGAUAUUAAACCAGAGUAAAUUAGUGCAUUGGUUGACAGAUAUAGAAAUUUUUGCUACCAUUAUUGCUGCUUUGAUACAUGAUUAUGAACACACAGGAACUACAAAUAACUUUCAUAUAAUGACAGGGUCCGAAGUAGCUCUGUUGUACAAUGACAGAGCUGUAUUAGAAAACUACCAUAUCAGUGCCUCAUUCCGAAUGAUGAAAAACGAUGACAGCAAUAUACUUAGUAAUCUCAGCAGAGAGGAAUUUAAAGAGUUCCGUAACCUGGUGAUAGAUAUGGUUCUCGCUACAGAUAUGUCUUUCCAUUUUCAACAAAUUAAAAAUCUGAAGGGUUUGCUGAGUAUGCCAGAAAGCAUUGACAAGGCUAAAGCUUUAUCUAUGGUGCUACAUUGUGCAGAUAUAGGUCAUCCUGCAAAAGAAUGGAAUUUACAUUACAAGUGGACAAAUCAAUUACUGGAAGAAUUCUUUAGACAAGGAGAUAGGGAAAAAGAGUUAGGUCUGCCAUUCUCUCCGUUGUGUGAUAGAAGUGGUGUGCUUGUAGCAGAGUCACAAAUAGGUUUCAUUGACUUCAUUGUUGAUCCAAGUUUUCAGGUCAUGUCAGAAAUGUUGGAAAAGAUUGUCUCCAAUUUAUUGAAAGAACAAAAAAGUGGUUCUGCAACGUCGAUCAAUGAAGACCCGGCAUAUGACGUAAAGAAAGACAAAAGUACGAGUACAACAAGCUUACACUCUUCAAGUGGAUCAUCGCGUUCAUCAACUCCUAAACUUCUUGGUUCAGAUGGAAAGUUUGAAUUCCUAAAGCCCUGGCUUGAUCAUUUGGUGAAGAAUAAACAGAUAUGGAAGGAAAGGGCAGCAAAAGAUGCAGAAGAGAGAAAGAAAAAAGAGUCAAAAGGAGAGAAUACAAAUAACAAUAACUCAGACACUUCUAGUAAAACAAGUGAUGUUAAAACAAAUGAUUCUCAGGCUAAUUCUCCAGUACCACUCAAUCCUAGCGGAAAAUAAACAAUUCAGGAUCGUAAAACCAUAGCUUUGUCACAUGAUCAUUGUAUUCAUCAAAUAAAAAAAAUCAGCCAUUUUG